GGUGGGCGGGUGAGGCUCCGGGCCCACCACUUCCUUUCCCCACACUCCCAGCUGAGGAGCCAACAUGGCGGGCGGGUGUUGCGGCCCGCUGUCGACCGCGCUCCUGGCCGCCUGGUUCGCAGUGGCGGCGGCGGCCAACCCCGAGCAGGCCGUUCUGCCGGUGGAGCGGAGUCUGGUCCAGCCCAUGACCGCCUCUAACUGGACGCUGGUGAUGGAAGGCGAGUGGAUGCUGAAAUUCUACGCCCCUUGGUGUCCAUCCUGCCAGCAGACCGAUUCAGAAUGGGAGACUUUUGCCAAGAAUGGCGAAAUACUUCAAAUCAGUGUGGGGAAGAUAGAUGUCAUUCAAGAACCAGGUUUGAGUGGCCGCUUCUUUGUUACCACACUCCCAGCGUUUUUUCAUGCAAAGGAUGGAAUUUUCCGCCGUUACCGGGGCCCAGGAAUCUUCGAAGACCUGCAGAAUUAUAUCGUCGAGAAGAAAUGGCAAUCAGUUGAACCUCUAACUGGCUGGAAAUCCCCGGCUUCUCUAGCAAUGUCUGGAAUGGCUGGUCUUUUUAGCAUCUCUGGCAAGAUAUGGCAUCUUCAUAACUAUUUCACAGUGACCCUUGGAAUUCCUGUUUGGUGUUCUUAUGUCUUUUUCAUCGUAGCCACCUUGGUUUUUGGCCUUUUCAUGGGUCUGGUCUUGGUGCUAAUAUCAGAAUGUUUCUAUGUCCCACUUCCCAGGCAUUUAUCUGACCAUUCUGAGCAGAAUCAGAGGUCAGAGGAUGCUCAUGGCACUGAACAACUGCAGGAUGCAGAGGAGGACAAAGACGAUUCAAAUGAAGAAGAAAACAAGGACAGCCUUGUAGAUGAGGAAGAGGAGAAAGAAGACCUGGGCGAUGAGGAUGACCUGGAGGAGGAUGAGGAGGAAGACAACCUGGCGGUUGGUGAUGAGGAGGAGAGGAAUGAUGAGGCCAAUGACCAGGGGCCCCCGAGAGAGGGCAGCACAGCCAAGGCAGAAGUGGGACGUGAGAAGACUGCAGGGGGUAGCCCUGAGCAGCCUGGGUCAGCUGAUGCAGAGCUGGCAGGAGACGCGUUGAGGCAGCGCAAAAGUCAGCAGACGGAUAAAGGACCUUAGA